AUGCUUCACGAGUUUGUUACCUUCCCUGCAUUGACGAGUUUGUCGGCCAGUAGCUGGUUCAUUGAUUGUCACCAGAAGACGAGUGGUAUCCUAGGGGAAAUGGCAACAGGUCACACAGGAGGUUGGUGCCAGUGGGUUUCAUACAAGUUUCAUAUGCUCUUCACAACCGGCGUCGACUUUCGCCAUAUGGUGUUUGAUUAUUGCAGUUGCCGGACACUCACCAAGUUUGCCUCUUGUGGAUUAUGCGCACGCGAAGCAGUGAAGCAAUACUUACAGUUCAAGUUGGAGCACAUGUUGUCGAUUUAUAUUGAGAGAGCUGUUUAUUCAGAGUCGCUUGCUUCGUUUUAUGACGACUUGUCCAGCGUAAAUGGAGCGAUUGUUGGAUCGGUCGCGUUGAAGAUGAUCGUGCCAGUUCGUGACAAUGUUUGGAUCCCAAGGGAUCUAAACAUCGUCGUUCCCCUGGGACGUCUAUGCGCCAUGUCUAGCUUUUUCAUGAAACGAGGCUACGAGCUGGUGGACACAGGCGUUGAUGAUCAAUACCCUAUCUCCGACGUUGCGAGCUUUAGCCUAUAUUCGAAUGGGGCGUCCAACGUUUCAGUAUCGGAAAGCGUUCACAAGGACUCUUUUCUUUCUGUUGUCUUCGCCUCGUUGCAUACAGGCUCUAUGAACUUCGUCACAGCCAACGACAUUUGUUGCCUCUAUCCAAGCCUCACGCCGAAUCAUAAGUCUUGCGCCUUCUGGGGAGCUGAGGGAAUGAACGACGCUGCAAAGGCUCUCGUUCGAGACCGCGGGUUUGUGUUGUACACGUCACCAAGUGAUUUGAAGGAACCCUGUGGAGACCUUUGUCCUGUCCUUUCAAGACAAUUCCGUGGAUUGCGAAGAAUAGGCCUUGUCUGUUGGCGGGGAAUUGGGGUGUCAGCCUUGGGUGAUUUCCAUUCGUAUGCGUGGACUAUUGGUGCGGUUUGCGAUAAGGAGGGUUGUCCUUGGCAGGAGCAGGUGCCCUUCGAUGUCAUUCAUGCUAUCCUGCUUGUUCUCACAUUAAAAUCCGACUGGGAAUCAAUCCGUUCACUUUCCAGAACGUGCAAAGCUCUGGUGGAACCGUGUCAACGACAGCUGUUUGACACCAUAGCUAUUCAUCGAACUACAAUUUCACAACUUGACUCCAUUUUGGCGAGGAGUCCCCGUCUUGCCACCUACGUGCUUUACCUUCAUUAUUACACAGAUGGAGAAGUCGAGGCCCGCAUCUAUGUCUUGCUUCUUCAACAAUUCUCUCAACUGCGAAGUCUUCACAUUACCGGUGACGGCACCGAAAAGGGCUCCGUUUGGAAUUUUAUGCAUGAAGGCUUACGAACGCAAUUGAUCAGAUUGCUCAGUUCUGAAAGACUUGAAUGUCUGGCGCUAACCCACCUUCGCUCCUGGCCAUUGUCUCUCUUUGCAAACUGUUGCAAUCUUCGUCAACUGCAGAUUGGAGCACUAGGCCUUGACGACACAAAUGUAACGCCUUUCGCGUUAUCUCCCUUUUCGCCUGUCUGUCGUCUCGAAAGGCUUUCCAUCGGUUCCUCCUCCUUUUAUGUUUUGGAUCAAUUGCUCACCGCGACAUGGUCAAAUGGGAACCCGGUAAUUGAUCUAUCUACUCUUACUAUGGUCCACGACCAUUCGUUCCAUGCGCCUAUUGAAAAACUUCUCGAUGUUUGCGGCAAAGGAAUCGAAGUGUUUUAUUUUGCCUUACAAGCCGCCAGUGGCAACCCAGUCAAGGUCGAUCAUGUUGUUCCAUGGCUUAAACCUGCCAUUUUCCCGGCGCUGCGGUCUUUCAUUGCUUUUCAGGAAUAUGGGGUUGAUACGGAAUCCCACCCAUUACUAUGGUUUGUCAUUGAUUAUCAACUACCGGUGGAUCAUGGCAAGCAACGCGCUUGGCCAGAGACUCCACUGUUCCCUUUGCCUUUUAACGAUGGAAACUACAGGCCUGCUUUGUUCGCAAACUCAAGAAUCAGAAACAAGCCCUCCACGCGAAGUUUUGUGUGGUCGUCGUUGAAUAUUGAAGAGUGUUGUUACCGCUUCUUACCACUACCAAGCGCGCACAGUUCCGCGGGCAAGUCAUACACCUGUCUGCUUCCCAUGUGCAUCGAUUCCCCAAUGGCGUCUCUCGAUGAAAUCCUCGACCUCCAGCUGGCAUGCAUCCAUUAUGACUCCCACCACCGCCUGACCGUGCGCCGUUCCUGUCAGGAUGAGGAUGAGACGCUUCCUCAAGUUAUCGUCAGUCCAGAGCAGGGGAAGGAGAAGUCGAGUCCCAUGUCGACGCCUGCACCUCAAGAUCAACACCUUCGGACUGGGCACGCUUCAAAGCCCCUCGCGAAUGAGGCAUUCAAGCUCAAGUUCAAGCUCGAUGUCGUGUGGCUCACGCGGGUGGUACAAGUUGCGAGACCAUAUCAAGAACCUCUUCCUCAUCAUUUUGCUCAUUUUCUAUUUACACCAGAUUAUCGAAAGACAUCCGCAGCAUCCGAGCUGCACUCCUUCGAACUCUCCCUUCUCUUCCUAAUCUUGCCGCGAAUUGUGCACGACUGUUGCGCCAAAGAAAGACGCCACGCACAAUCCAUGGCGUCGACGACUUUGUUCCUGGUCAACCCGUCUCAAGUGUUAUUGCUGUUCUACGAAACGGGAACUUUGCCCAACUUCCACAACAUCGUCCAAGUUGUUGUCCCCUUCCGAAACCUUCUUCGACUGCAAGAACACCACCUUUGCCUCCCUCCGAUCAACUCCCAUCGCGAAUUGUCCACGACCGUCCUCAAACUUGCCGAUUUGUGGGAAGACGUACGUUCAGUGAGGAAAUUUCUCGGAGAGGUUGCGCCAAAGAAAGAGGCGUUGGAGAAUCAGACAGUAGGAAUUGCGGUCGUACGCUACCGAGUGUUCUAG